GUAUCGACGCAGCGCUGGCUGUGCUCUCCUGACAGCAGCUAACAUUCUCAGUUAUCUUUUCUAGACGUUGUUUUAUCGCAGGGCGAAUGACAGUCGGUGAGGGACAGAGACACUUUUCAUGUAGUGUAAACCGUCGAGGAAUCGAUUCGAUGGAAGUCGUGGACAGCCCGCUCAACCUCGCUCAUCAGCAGUGCAGGAAGGCAGACCGUUUGCUAGUAGCUGGGAAGUAUGAAGAGGCCAUCUCCUGUCAUGGAAAAGCAGCAGAUCUUUUGACAGAUGCGAUGAAGACAACAGAGUGUGACCAGGCCCGUCUCUCCAUGGAGCUGCAGAGGGACAGUCAUAUCAAACAGCAGCGACUGAUCCAGGAGCGGUGGAAAAGAGAGGCUCGUCGUGAGGCAACAAAGGCCCGACCAGGCCAGGUGCAUCCCUCCAGCAGCCCAACUCUCCUCACCCAAACCCAAUCCACAGGCCCGCUCCAGCCCCAUGGCUCCCCCGGCCCCUCAGCUGCAGAGGGGGUGAGAAUCAGGGAGAGAGAGUACGACACCCUGCUCUACCAGCUUCAGACUCGGCAGACUGGAGGCUGCCAGCCUUUGACUCCACCGUGCCCUGGAUCUAAGACCACCAAAGAUGACAAAACUCGCCUGGAAGAACAACAGACCACCAUCGAUGACCUUCGGCGCCUGGUCGACCACCUGAUGGAUGAAAACCAGCGGCUGACGGCUGAAAACGAACGGCUACAAUCAGAAAACGCCCGGCUGCGCUCCGAGGCGGCUGAGGCAGCAGACUUUGUGGAGCGCUCAGAGCUCUGGGUGCUCCCACAAGCAGGUGGCGCGAUGGGAACCGGGGGUGGGCAGGAGAGGAAAAGCACAGGGAAGGGAAAGGAGAUUGCAAUCCCUCAGCUGCCACCGCUGGAGAUGCCCGCUCAGGAGGAUCUGUGUCUGGAUGACCUGCCUCCUCUGGAGCUGCCAGAGGACAUCCAGAACGAAUUACAGGAGCUACUGGACAGGGAUAAACUGUGAAGAGACAUGUUAUUACACACACACUCACACACACACACACACACACACACACACACACACACAUACACAUACAGGCUCCGGGGGUUUCAUUCAAUAUGGCUUUUGAGUUUGGAUGCCAAAAUGUUUGACAUGUGAACCCCACCGGUUCUUUCUGGUCAGAUCUCUGCUCAAGUUAAAGGUGGACAGUCUGAGCUAUCAUGAGUCUCACAAACUCUCUGCACCAAUCAGAUGAUACAGGUGCAGCAAAACUGAUAACAGUUAUCAGGCAGAUGAGUGAUUACAUCUUUACCACUAAUACAGUGCAAUCCAAGUCAGAGAUCAAGGAAUUGUUCAGCCACAGUGUCAUUUGAGACAUCAGGGAGAUUGUGUGACAGUGAUGCAUGAAAAGAUGGAUUUUUUUUAAAAAACUUUUUUACUUUUGUUUUUUACCUACAGGGUUCCCACACUCAUGGAAAACCUGGAAAAGUUGUUGAAUUGAACAAUGUCAUUUUCCAGGCCUGGAAAAGUCAUGGAAUUAUUGAAAAUCAUUGAAAGCUUUGGAAAAGUGAAGGAAUUUAGUCGUGCAAAAUGAAAUUAAUUGUUACAGUGGGCUUUUGGGGACAAACCUCCACAUAAUACAACAUAACAGUAAAUUUAUUUUCUGCAAGUUAGCUGCUGACAUAAAGUCACUCCUAUCUGUGUCGAAAGGUGCAAUGUCAAGUGAGGCAGAUCAACUCAACCAACUCAGUUGCUGCUUGAUACAAAAGGAAAGCUCACACAGUCCUCAUUUUCCAUGACCGAUACCAGCCAAGCCUCCCCUUUAAGAGGUGCCAGUGUUUGUUAUGGGAAGUGAGACUCCCCUGUGUGUUAGUGUGUGUGUGUGUGUGUGUGUAAAACUACUGUAACCCGGCCAGCAAGUGCCACAGACACAUUGACGGGCAUGCUUUUUCCAAAAAUUGAAGUUUUAUUAUGGGUGCUUGAAAAGCUAUGGAUAAGUUUUGAAUUUUGUCCUUAAAAUUAUGUGGGAACCCUGUACAUAGCAUCAGGAAACAUCCAUUAAACAACUUAUGGUGUGUUCACAUUGAACGUGAAGCGAAUUUUUGCCACAGGUUUCUUGUGCUAAUACUUGGCAUUUAUUCUUCCUACAGUUGUGCUCACUGACUGGGGAAGGCAGCUGGCAGACACCUUGGUUCGUAGUAAAAUAGAAGCGGUGUGAUUCGAUCAUGAUUAACACAGAGGCUGUGUGCUCUGAAUCAGCUUAAAGCAAGACAGCAACACUCUGUUAUUUUUCAUAUUGUCCACGGCAGCAUAUUCCGUUAAUGACCUUCCACAAUAAAAAGACCAGCUUAAAUUAUUCAGCAUUUUGCGAAAAAGCAAUUCAAAAAUAUCGCUUACAUGUAUCAAAUUAAUAUCUUCAAAACUUUUUUAACCUCGCGUAGUGUUCACUAUGGAAGCAGAAGCUAUGCAAAGCAAUCCAUUUUUCCAUGGCGAGCUGCCUGCUUUCUUUUGGCGCUCGUGUUCAGCCUUAAAUCUGGUCACACUGGAUGUGCUGCGCCCUCGAGUCCUGUAGCAGGCUCACAAUCUGCAGUGAUAGUUUUGGCGUGUGGUCUGUUGCCGCAAGCCAAAACACACUGGCAGGAGAACACACUAAAAAUGUUUUGGAAACGGCAUUAAGUUUCUAUUGAAUAUGAUAUUAAUGAUGUAACCAUGAUAAAUGGUGAAAUGUGCAUCUAAUGCUUCCACAUAUUUGUCAGUUGUGUCUUAACCAUGGAUGUAUUAAAGGAAGUCUGGUUGCAGCCAUGGAGGUGGGGCUCUUCAUUACUAUGAGAGCUGCUUUCUGGUGCAUGAGGCAAAAAAAUGCUUUUUACAGGUAGAAAAUACCCAGAUCUUGGGGCCUAAGAAGCAUGCACACUAGAGACAAAUUUGGUAACUUCUGCCGGCAGAGCAUCUGACGUCUGGUUUAGUGUUUCGCUAGCUUAAAUGGUAGUCUAAAAAAUUGUAUCUUGCUGCUCUUUUUGACUUAUACAAAUGUUGCGGAACUGGUUGGAUUAGAUCGAGAUUGUGAAAUUAGUCCAUUUAUGGGGGUUUGACUCACAAAAAAAUUACACACCGAUUUACAGAAGUCUCUUUCCCAAUGAAAGUCAGUGGGAAAGUCUAACAUAUGCAUCAGAGCCUGGUGCACACCUGGUCAAAACAGAGGGCAAAAGAGAGACACGUUGACACACACACACCCACACACACACACACACACACAAGCAAACACAGACAGAGCUCUUCAUGUAAUUAGAACAUUGCAGAGGAGCAGAAUCUCUUGCUGACUGGUGCAGAGUAAUACGCUUCCUGUGAAAACAGUUAGGCAUUUGCUGACAGGGGGCUCCCCGACAAUAAACAUAUCCAGGCGCUUCCACAUCCUGUGUGAACGCAGCUAACUGUCUCUGUGCAGGACUUAUGUUGAGUGGUAGAGCUCUUGGUGCCCAUAGACAACAACAAUAAGUUUGUCCUCCAGUUCUUAAUCUCUGUAACAUCAGGAGAAUCUUUACUAGAUUGCCAACACAAUCUCUACUUGCUUUUUUAACAGUGUCACAGGAACUUCUCACCCAAGUUGAGAAAUGGUGCAUCUUUGCAUUGACUUACUUGAUGCUUGUGCUGCACAAAUGGCCUGAGAAGCUUUCAAUGUGAAAACACCACACUAGGCAGCAUUAUUUCAAAAUUUUAAAGCUAAGUUGUUGUGCUUUUUAUUUAUAGUAUUUACAUAAUUUGUACUUCCUGCAAAUGUCAGCACGGUAGCCAACAUCCCUUUAAAAGCUGCUGGACAUAUUGUACUAAGCAGAGAAGUGUGUGUGUGUCUGUGUGUGUCUGUCUGUGUGUGUGUGUGUGUGUGUGUGUUUGUACAAUCUGAGUGGUAAAAACUGGAGGAAGACAAGCACAUGUCGGCCAGUGACUGUAGAGACUGAUCAAUAGAAAAUGAUAAGAAGUAAUAAGUGGACUGUUUAAUUCAGUAAGCAUUAAAUAAACAACAAUAUUACACUGUUUUAUGAUCAGAUUGGUGGAUUUAUUUUUUGU